UGAACGUGUCUUCGAAAGAGAGAAAAGCGAGGGAGGAGGAGAGAGAGACUUCUCGGCUUUCAGUUCCAUCCUCUCGGGAAUCCGAACGAGAGAGAGAGAGAUAGAGAGAGAGAUGGGGAACUUGUUCGACAAGGAACCACCACCACCAAUGGUAUUGGUGCCGCCUCUGUUCGAUUUCCCUCCUCUUACUGCUCGCACCAGAAUGUUGGAGCCAGCAUACGAUUUGUUAUUUGGAAAGCUUGCUCUACGAUGCCUUUUCGAGGAUUACUUCGAACAAGCAAGGCAUUUUAGCACAAGGAUUAUGCUAAAGCCGAUCGACGAUCCUCACGUGGAUUUGGUCGCAACUGUAUCAGGUCCACUCAACAACAAGGCUGGGGAGAAUCUUGUAGGAAAUGCUAUAUUUCGCUGGCAGAGGGACUUAGAUGAUCCCCAUACAUUCAUGGAUCUUUCCGUAUCGAAUUUGGAUGAGAUUUUGCGCCUGAGGUCAUGUGCUUACUAUCCUAAAUAUGGAAUUGGAGCAUUUGGAGUUUUCCCCCUGCUAAGAAAGAAAAGGAUACUCUCAGAAGAUUAUGGCAGUAUGGGGUUGAGAUAUGGCUCAGAAUACUUAUCAGUUGGAGCCACACUUACGCCAUUCCCUUUGGCAACUGAGAUUCCCAGAAGUGCAUGGGUGGUGAGCAAGAUGGGGAAGCUAACUGCGGGGGUGCAAUACAAGCCAGAUUUUACAAGCAAAAAUGGCACGAGCUAUAAUGAUGUAAAGAAUUGGAGCUGGGCAAUUGGCUAUGGGUCAGGCUCGAGUAGUCCUUUGAGCCCAUCAUACAAUUUUGGCCUUGAAUUCGUUAGAAGUUCGCAGCUGAUUGCGUCAUUCUAUCAGCAUGUCGUGGUUCAAAGAAGAGUUAAGAAUCCGUUUGAAGAAAACGAGAUAGUUGGAAUUACGAAUUACAUUGACUUUGGCUUUGAGAUGGAGACGAGGAUUAAUGGAGCUGAAUCCUCGACUCAAGUGGAAGAGUCCACCUUUCAAGUAGCUGGAUCCUGGCAAGCCAAUAAGAACUUUUUGGUGAAGGGAAAAGUAGGUGCUCUCAGCUCUUCAAUUGCCUUAGCCUUCAAGUCAUGGUGGAAACCAUCUUUCACGUUCAACAUUUCAGCUUUUAGAGAUCGUGUGGCUGGGAAGACGGCUUUUGGAUUUGGAAUCCACAUCGAGGAUCUAAGAGAAGCCAGCUAUCAAAGGGCUGAUCCAAACUAUGUAAUGCUGACACCAACAAAGGAGCACCUAGCAGAAGGCAUCCUUCAGAAUAUUGGCAAGCGGCCGAUGCUGCAGAGGGACAUAAACUUGGGGAAUUUCGACCGCGUACCAAAGGAAUUGAAACCCAUUGGCAAAAUCUUGUAAAAUUUCAGUUCUUUUCUGCAAGAAGGCCAUGGCGCUUUUCCUUCCCUGUCUUCUUAUGUCAGUUUUGCUGAUGCAAAUUUCUAGGAAUGUUUGCAUUUUUAAAAAAAGAAAAAUUUAUGGGAGAUUUCUAAUUUCUAUUCUUGAUGGGAAUUUGUCUAA